CCUCCAAGAAAGAAACGAGCAUCCUCUUUCUCAAAAAAAGAAAAAGAAACGACCGGACCCUCUUCCCCCUUUUCUCCAGGAAAGGAAACUCUCGGCUGCUGCCUGCUGGCCGAUCCCUUGAAAUUUCCAUCUCCUCUUCCUCGUCGGUCUGAGCCAGGCGCCCUCUCCCCCGGAAUCCUUGCAGCUUGUCCAAGUAUAGAGAUGGAUUCAAGCAAUACGCAGCCUGAAGGUUCACGCCCAUCUGUUACCAAAAACCCUGCCAUGUCGUCGUGCAGGAAGAAGAAAACCGAUGAUGCUACCUUCCUCGAAGAUGUCAAAGACCACAUCGACGAGUUCAUCAAUGCCUCCAUGGAUGAGCACAAGACCUGCUUCAAGAAGACCAUUCAGAAGAUGUUUGGGAUGUCAAAGAUUGUUGCGGAUCGGUCCGCUGCGGCAAAGGAAGCUGAAGUGGAAAGUGUGUUGCCUCUUCAGACCAGUGUGUCAAGGUAGAAGAAUGGUUGAUGGUGGCAGCUUGUUGCUUCCUGGACUUGGUUCUUGUAUCUGGAAUCUAGCUAGUGUUUUCACCACUAAAUUUCGUGUAACAGGUGAGUAAUACUAAUACAGUAGUACAAUCAUCUAAAAAUGAAAAUAAAGUACUCCGUGGAUUGUGAGACUUGAAUACUGCCAGGUUUAGCUCCAUUGUAGGGGUUGUCUCGCUUUAAAUAUAUAUCAAGGCCCAACCUAGUUGCUGCAA